UUUUUGAAAACCCUAAAAUAAUAAAAAGUAAAAAUAAAUAUUCCAUUUCUCCACCCCAUUAACCACUCACCCAAUUUUUCCCAUCUGUCUGUCUACACACAAACAAGUAAAUUAAAUUUAAUUAAAAAAAAAAGAAUGGAAAAAGCAGCCAUUUUCUGAGAAGCAGCCGCACCAGUAAAAUGGAGCAUUGCUGAAGAUAUUUUCUGCAAUGGGGAAGGCGGAGGAUGGGCAAUCUCUGCCGAGUACAGCUUUCGAAGCUGGUGGUACAACACCCCCAAAUGCGGGGAGCUGCAAUCGGUGCUGCUUGAGCUGCAUUAGGUUGAAGAAGCUGGUGAAUUUCAGAUGCGUUUUCGCUUUGUUGCUUGGUGUUGCUGUGUUUUUGUCUGCUGUUUUUUGGCUGCCGUUUUUCCAUUUUGGUAACCGUGAAGAUCUGGAUCUGGAUUAUGCAGGCCAUGAUAUAGUGGCAAGUUUUACACUAAAGAAACCGGCUUCUUUUCUCAAGGACUACAUAUUGACACUCGAGGACGAUAUUUUUGACGAGAUGAGCUAUUCUUCGACCAAGAUAGAAAUAAUAUCUUUAGAAUCAACGGCUGGAUCGAACGUGACAAAGGUUGUGUUUGCGGUCGAGUCCGAUGCAACAACGCAGAGUUUAAUCAGAGCCUCGUUUGUGUCUCUAAUUACGAACCAGUCGUUUCUUCAUUUGACGGAAUCUUUGUUCGGAGAUCCAUUCUCUUUCGACGUGCUCAAAUUCAGAGGAGGGAUUACAGCUAGCCCGGUCCAAAAGGUUACAUUGAACUUCUCGAUCGAUGAAAUAGUAAAUAAUUUCGACGAACUCACUAGCCAACUCAAAACAGGCUUGCAUUUGGCUCCAUACGAGAACUUGUAUAUAAAGCUGACGAAUCUGAAGGGCUCGACAGUAGCUCCACCUACGACAAUACAAGCGCAAGUUCUCUUGGCAGUGGGUAUUAACCCUUCAAAAUCGAGGUUAAAGCAGUUGGCUCAAACCAUCACAGGUUCGGACACUAAAAACCUCGGACUGAACAACACCGUAUUUGGUCGGGUCAAACAAGUUCGUCUCUCGUCUAUACUACAACACUCCCUCGGUGCGGGGCCCACACCGUCUCCGUCACCAUCCCCGUCACCGUCAGCAUCUCCUACAUCGAAAUUCCACCACCACGACCGCCAGCACCACCAUCAUCUUUCUCCUAGCGCUUCGCCUUCACCGCCAGUUGGGGUAAGAUCACCUGCAUCUGCACCCGUGCCCGCACCAGCGCCCGUGAAGAAUAAAGAAGCAGGACCCACGGCUUGUCCAUGGAAGUACAAGCAUCCUCGUACUGCACCAGUUUAUGCACCACAUUCUUCUUCAUCACCGCCGAAGCAAAAAGAUCACAUCACACUCGCACCCAAAAUUUCUCCAUUUCAUGCAAAAAGCCCGUCUAGGCGGGCCCCACCAAAGGUUGAAUUUCAUGCCCGGUCACCAGAUUCGAUGCCGUUAAUUUCGCCCUACCAUUCUCAAUCUUCAGCAGGAAGGUUUGCCUCCCAUAUGUGGGCCCUACCACUGUUUAUAUUACUCGGAAUGCAUUUCUAGAAAACACGAAACGAGAAGAAUCAUUUGGAUUACGACUGCCUUAAAAAAAAACCUCAGAAAAAUGCUUCCGGCAUUACAUGAUGGAGUUUUCACGGUGUGAGCAAAUGCCAAAACCGCGUUGAGUGCAUAUAUAUGUCACUUUUGUUGCUUGUAAAUAUUCGAUUAAAAAAAGUGCGGUGGUUGACUUUCGUGAAGGGUCAAAGUCACAGAGGUGACGGGCCCUAUCACGGCGUAGUGAACUACCACAAAAUUGUGUAUGAUAAUUUUUCCUCGUAAGUUUAAGGAGGGGGAAUCAAACAAGUGUAAAACAAUACCACCCUUUUGUUUCUAAUCUCUUACAAGCUUGUCA